CCCGUUCCCUCUGCUGCGUCCCGGCGCGGCGGAACUGAGGAGAGGGAGGGACGAUCCAGUCCCGUCUCUCCCCCCCCUCCGCCCCAUCGUCCACCGGUCCGGUCUAGAAGUCCCGCUUACCGGUACCGGGAAUGAAUGAGGCGCCCCCCCCGCCCCCAGCGGCAGCCCCGGGCGGUGCAGGCUGAUGAAAUCCCGCUCCCGCCUUGCAUGGGGUGCGCCGAACACUUUCCCGAGCAUCGGUUCUACCGGGCCCCCUACGCCGCACCCCUCGAGAGGCACCCCUCAAACUCCGAGCUCCGGGAUUUCAGGGGUAGGAGAGGGACCGGCGACCUCCGAGCAUCCCACCCCGGGCACCGGCGUGGCUUUCUCCUUCCCUUUCCGCAGCACCCACGGCAGAGCUGGCUCUGAUGCACCCAAACAGCCCCGGGGGGAGCUGCUGCUGCUGCUGCUGCUGCUUCCUCGGUGCUCUGCUUUCUCUGCUGGGCUGAACAGGGCUCCCAGCUCUUUGUUUUGACCUCCCUCUACCUCACAGCGGAGCUGAUGCUUCUCCCCAUCCCCGGGGACCGCAGGCUCACGGAUGAUGCAGUUGUGAUCUCUGGGAGGAAGCUGGCCAGGCAGAUCAGGCAGGAAGCUCGACACGAGGUGGAGCAGUGGGUGGCAGCUGGAAACAAGAGACCUCACCUCAGCGUCGUCCUGGUUGGGGAGAACCCAGCCAGCCACUCCUAUGUGCUGAACAAAACCAGAGCAGCUGCUGAUGUUGGAAUCAGCAGUGAAACCAUUCUCAGGCCAGCUUCCAUCACUGAAGAGGAGCUGCUGGAGCUGAUCAGCAAACUCAACAGUGAUGCUGAUGUGGAUGGCCUCCUGGUGCAGCUUCCUCUGCCCGAGCACAUCGACGAGCGCAGGAUCUGCAACGCUGUCAGCCCGGCCAAGGACGUGGAUGGCUUCCAUGUGCUCAACGUGGGGCGCCUCUGCCUGGACCAGGACUCCAUGCUGCCAGCCACCCCCUGGGGGGUGUGGGAGAUCAUCAAGAGAACUGGCAUCCCAACGCUGGGCAAGAACGUGGUGGUGGCUGGCAGGUCGAAGAACGUGGGCAUGCCCAUUGCCAUGCUGCUGCACACCGACGGCAGGCAUGAGCGCCCUGGAGGGGACGCCACCGUGACCAUCUCGCACCGCUACACGCCCAAGGAGCAGCUGAAGCAGCACACGAUCCGCGCUGACAUCGUGGUGGCAGCGGCAGGCAUCCCCAACCUGAUCACUGCUGACAUGAUCAAAGAAGGAGCUGCAGUUAUUGAUGUGGGCAUCACCAGAGUGCAGGAUCCCAUCACUGCCAAACCCAGGCUGGUUGGGGAUGUGGAUUUUGAAGGGGUGAGGAAGAAAGCCAGCUACAUCACCCCCGUGCCUGGGGGGGUGGGACCCAUGACAGUGGCCAUGCUGAUGAAGAACACCAUCAUUGCUGCCAAGAAGCUGCUGAAACCCAAAGAGCUGGAAGCAUUAACUGCUUAACCUGGGCCACUCUUGUGGCACUGAGCCACUCUCCAACCUGCCUCCUCCACAGGCCAAGAGAAGAAAUGCAAUAUUUGUAUUUAUUGGAAGUGGAAUUUCCUCCUCCUGGAGGUCCAAAGGGCUGCUGAGGUGUGGGCACUGCAGCUCUGCUCAGGGCUCUCAUCUCCACUCCUGGCCUGCUCAAGCUGCUUGAUCUUGAAGCCAGCUCUAGAUGCCUGCCUUGCUCCUCCUGGAGGGAUGAAACAGCAGCUGUGGGGUCUGGGAUGUGCAACUCCCCUGGGAGCUGAGUGUGAUGUUAAUCCCCUGGGGAGGUCAGCACUGCUCUGUGGUGUGGAAUCAGCUCCUUGGUGGCUCUGCUCUCACAGACAUCUCCUCUGAUUCCUGCUGAAGUCCUCUGCUCCAUGGUGUGGAAUCAGCUCCUUGGUGGCUCUGUUCUCACAGGCAGCUCCUCUGAUUCCUGCUGGAGUCCUCUCUGCUCCAGGGUGUAGAGCCAACACCUUGGUGGCUGUGUUCUCACAGACAUCUCCUCUGACUCUUGCUGAAGUCCUCUGCUCCUUGGUGUGGAACCAGCUCCUUGGUGUGGAACCAGCUCCUUGGUGUGGAACCAGCUCCUUGGUGGCUCUGUUCUCACAGGCAGCUCCUCUCUGACUCUUGCUGAAGUCCUCUGCUCCACGGUGUGGAAUCAGCUCCUUGGUGGCUCUGUUCUCAUAGGCAGCUCCUCUCUGAUUCCUGCUGAAGUCCUCUGCUCCUUGGUGUGGAACCAGCUCCUUGGUGGCUCUGUUCUCACAGGCAGCUCCUCUCUGACUCUUGCUGGAGUCCUCUCUGCUCCAUGGUGUGGAACCAGCUCCUUGGUGGCUCUGUUCUCACAGGCAGCUCCUCUCUGACUCUUGCUGGAGUCCUCUCUGCUCCAUGGUGUAGAGCCAACACCUUGGUGGCUGUGUCCUGCCAGGCUGCCUGCACUGCUCCUAUGUGCCUCAUGCUGAAGUCCUCUGCUCCAUGCUGGAUGUUUAGCCUGAAUGAAGCUCUUGCAGAAGUUUUCACUUGAGAAAACAAAGCCAUAAUUCUGCUGUCAGCCCCUGCAGGGCCCUGAGCAGCAGCAGAGCUGUUGGAAGAUGUUCUCCUGGUGUGCAGCUGAGCUGAAUUUUGGGGGUUUGGGGUUUGUGCUUUUGCUGAUUUGGCUUUUUCCAAGCCUUUUAUUUUAACCAAAGAAGAGUGGGCUGGGAGCUGCUGCUCUCCAUGCUUGGGCACACAGGAGGGCUCCUGGGCUGUAUAGUAGAAGUCUGGAAGUACUUAGGGAGUGAAUGCAGGAUAAAUAAAUAAGAAUGAGAAGAAAAAGCUCUGCUUUUGUCCUGGAAUUAUUCCCCAGCAGCUUUUCCAUGUCCCCUAGAGAAGGAGCAGUAAGUUUGCAGAGCAUUUGUGCUGUCAGCUCUUCCAGAGCUGGGUUAGGUCUGAGUUUAGCUAAGCUCCAGGUGCUAAAGCAGCACAGCUCAGCUUGGAAGUGAUCAGAACUCUGCCUUUCAUGCC